AUGCACCUGUCCACAGUCUCGCAGAUCUUGGCACUAUUUACCGCCGUCGCCAGCUCAGCCCCGACAAGCCAUGCCGCGGUUCGAGCCCGUCAUGUGAGCCCGCCCGAGGCGGACCUUCUUCACGUCGUCAAACGCGGAGAUGACACCGACUUUUCGGAUUGGCAGAGAUAUUCGCUUUGGAACAAGCGGGUCGAAGCCCUGAGUCGGAAUCCUGAGUUGGUGUCGCGUUACGGUUACAAGUGCAACAGCUGCGGCAAAGGCCGCAUGGACGAAAACGGCAUGCGUCGUCACAUUAUGUUUGACCAUUACAGCAAAGACAUACCCUUGGAAAAGAGUGCUCACGUCAACAAGUAUAUCGAGUUUAGAAACAAGGGUGGCUGA